AUGGCCUCCACUCAUAAUGCAAACUUCAAGCUUCACCUUGAUAUUACUGCUCAUGCUGAUGAUGAUAAUGAUUCUUUUAAUUAUACUACAGAUAUGAAAAAUCCAAAUCCUAACCCUACUUCUGUUUCUUCUUCAACUCCUCCACUUUUCUGCAGCUUCUUUCACUCUUCAACCAAUCUCCCGCCCUUCAACCACCAUCUGGGCGUUAAUGUUAAUGCAAGUCAUGAGGAAAGUAGGACGGAAAAUAUGGAGCAACCAUUGGGGAGUUCACGGUGGAACCCGACGCCGGAGCAGCUUCUUGCUUUAGAAGAAAUGUAUCGACGUGGAAUGCGAACGCCAAGCGCUGAACAAAUCCAACUCAUCGCCGGUCAGCUCCGGAGGUUCGGUAAGAUCGAAGGGAAGAACGUUUUCUACUGGUUUCAAAACCACAAAGCAAGAGAACGUCAGAAGCGCCGCCGUGAGUCCCUCGAAACGCAGGAAGAAAAACACCACCACCAUGAAACUACUGAUCCGGAGAAGAAAGAAUCAGGUACCCAAAAUGAAAAAAAGACACAGUUUUAA